GGCAGGAAAAUAGUGCUGGGAGCGACUGUCACUGGUUAGUUUACCCAACCAUUCUCACCACUUACUUCAUACCUCUUGGUCUGUCCGUCACUCAUCUCAUGCAUACACACACCUACAAAAACACACUGGCGUCAUACAGCCACAGCCACGCAACACAGAGGUAGAUGUUGGUGGAGGGAGCGUGGGUUGAGGAGCGCCGGGGACACAGUAGGGCGCUAAGGGGACGUCCAUUGGUGCAGCGUGGGCGAGGCUCGCCUGAGUGCACGCAUAAGAUGAUGCAGCCACUGAAAAUGAAUAUAUAUUCAUAGUGGAAACUUCCCCCUUGAGAAGAUCAUGUAGUACAGCUGUCUCGGUAAAAAGAAAAUACAAAAAAAUAAGAAAGAGGAAAACCCUUUCAAAAUGUUCAUAUAUCUUAGUAAAAAGAUUGCCAUACCUAACAACAUUCACUUGAGAUGUGUGGGUUGGAAUAAAGAACAAGGCUACAUUGCUUGUGGCGGUGAUGAUGGCUUGCUUAAAGUCCUGAAACUGGAAGCUGGCAAGGAUGCCAAGAUUAAAGGUCUUGCAGCUCCCUCUAAUUUGUCCAUGAACCAGACAUUAGAGGGACACUCGGGAACAAUUCAAGUUGUCACAUGGAAUGAAUCUCACCAGAAGUUAACAUCUUCUGACCAAAGUGGUCUCAUUAUUGUGUGGAUGUUGUAUAAGGGUUCUUGGUAUGAAGAAAUGAUCAAUAAUAGGAAUAAAUCUGUAGUACGUGGGAUGGCAUGGAAUGCAGAUGGACAGAAGAUAUGCAUUGUUUAUGAAGAUGGCGCAGUCAUUGUAGGAAGUGUGGAUGGAAACAGGAUUUGGGGCAAAGAACUUAAGGGCCACCAUCUCAUGGGUGUGGAGUGGUCCCCUGACUCCUGCUUGCUUCUUUUCUCUCUUCACAAUGGAGAAGUGCAUGUGUAUGACAACACUGGUGGCUUUGUUAAUCGCCUCAACAUCCAAUGUCUGGGCAGCAUGGGGUUGGGAGCAAUGGUGGUAGGACUGUCUUGGUACAAUGGACGCAAUGGUUAUGUUGAUCCAGACUGCCCCACACUGGCUAUUUGUUAUGACAAUGGCAGAAUGCAGAUCAUGAGGAAUGAAAGUGAUGAUAUGCCUGUUCUAAUAGAUACUGGCAUGAGUGUGUGUGCCUGUCAGUGGAACCACAAUGGUAGUGUGAUGGCUGUUGCAGGCACUCUUCAUCUCUCUGGCAUAGGGGAGAAGGAUUGCAAUGUGGUUCAAUUUUAUAAUCCUUUUGGAGAGCAUCUUCGAACUUUGAAAGUGCCUGGCAAGCAAAUUACAGCAUGUUCAUGGGAAGGUGGAUCCCUCCGUAUUGCUUUGGCAGUUGAUUCAUUUAUUUAUUUUGCAAACAUCCGUCCAGAUUAUCGAUGGUGCUUCUUCUCCAACACUGUUGUGUACACCUUUACAAAGCCAGACCGCUCUGAGGCUUGUGUCACCUUCUGGGAUACCAAAAACAAUGAGCAUUUCAUUAAACAUAUUAAAUAUCUGAUGGGCAUGGCAUCAUCUGGGGAACAUUGUGUAUUGGCAGUCCGAACUGAUGAUGGCUCUGGACAGUUUGGCCUUAUCAUCUGCAAUGCUAUUGGAACACCUGUGGAUAGUAAAUACAUUGACAUUGAGCCCCAUUACUUGACAAUGACAAGCAGUUAUGUGUUUGCUGCCUCGAAAGAGAACUUCUACCUGUGGCACUUCAAGACACCCAAGGCCCAUAGCUCCACUGAACUGAUAAGUGCAGGUAAAUUAGAACGACAAGAACGGCUAUACCACAUUGAUGACGCCCCCACUGGGAUGUCAGAUGUAUUCAGAGAAGGGGACAAACUUUAUGAGGCCACAAAUGACCCAGUAUGUUCCAUGACUGCAAGUGAAAAAAUAUUGGUGGUUGGGAGAGAAUCUGGAGCCCUGCAGCGCUACACCUUGCCUCAUGUUGCCCUCACAGCUCGGUAUUCGUUGCCUUGCCGCCCUCACCGCCUGGCACUUAAUUGUAACUCUUCUCGUUUAGCCAUCAUUGACAUCACUGGACUGUUGACCUUCCUUGAUCUGGACACUCGAUCAUCAGACAAUAAUGGAUCUGAAGUGAUGGGCACAAUACUGAAGUUUGAACGGAAGGAUGUGUGGGACAUGUGCUGGGCUCAAGACAACCCAGAAUUGUUUGCCAUGAUGGAGAAGACACGCAUGUAUGUAUUUCGGAACAUGGAUCCUGAGGAACCUAUAGCCAGCUCUGGGUACCUCUGUAACUUUCAGGAUCUUGAGAUACGUGCAGUAUUGCUUGAUGAAGUGAUGCGGGAGCCAGAAUCACCAUGUAUGGACCAUUUGUUGACCUUGGAAGUGAAGAGUCUCCGUGACACAAGGGACCUGCUGGAGAAGGUGUCCAUCAAGGAUGCUGCUGCCUUUAUUGAUGAGAAUCCACAUCCUAGACUCUGGCGUUUAUUGGCUGAAGCUGCCUUGGAAAAACAGGACCUCAAAAAUGCUGAAGCAGCUUUUGUCCGAUGCAAGGAUUACCCAGGAAUACAGUUAGUGAAGAGGAUCACAAACAUUCAGAACGAAACCUUAAGGAAAGCAGAAGUGGCAGCUUACUUCAAAGACUUUGAAGAAGCAGAAAGGUUGUACUUGGAGGUGGAUCGCAGAGAUCUUGCUAUUUCCCUUCGCCGUAAGUUAGGGGACUGGUUCAGAGUCGUUCAGCUUCUCAAAUCUGGAUCAUUUGGGGAUGAUGUGCAGAUGGAAGAAGCUUUGAACAACAUUGGUCAUUACUAUGCAGACAGACACAAGUGGGAUGAUGCUGUAAAACAGUUUGAAGCUGCACAUAAUCACGAAAUGCUGAGUACAUGCUACUAUCAACUGGAAGAUUUUGAGUCUUUAGAAUCUCUUGUGCGCUCAUUGCCUGAAAAUUCUCCCCUCUUACCAACCAUUGCAGAGAUGUUCACCAGUGUAGGAAUGUCUCAACAAGCUGUUGCUGCAUAUAUGAAGUGCAAUCGUAUUAAGUCUGCUAUUGAUACUUGUGUGGCUCUGAAUCAGUGGCAUGAAGCUGUGGAACUUGCAAAGCAGCACAAUGUGACAGAAAUAAGUGCUCUUCUGGCUCGUUAUGCCUCGCAUCUCUUGGAGAAAGGCAACCGUUUACAAGCCAUUGAACUUUACCGCAAAGCAGACAAGCUUCUUGAUGCUGCAAAAUUAUUGUAUCAAAUUGCAGAAGAGGAAGGGAAAAAGAAGGCACAUCCUUUGCGUGUCAAGAAAAUCUAUCUUUUGGCUGCUCAGCUUGUUCAGGAACACAACUUGAAGAUGAAGGAGACCAUGAAGGAGGGUGGCAGUCGGAGUGCAGCCUUGAUGGGCCUGUUUGAUGAUGGACCAGGACUCACAGGAGAGAUGGACAAAAGUUCCUACAACAGCAUGUUGGAUAGUCCUUGGAAAGGAGCAGAAGCUUUUCACUUUUUCCUCCUAGCUCAGCGACAACUUUAUGAAGGUUAUGUUGAUGCAGCUAUGAAAACGUGUCUUCAUUUAAGAGACUACGAGGGUAUUCUUGAUCCAGAAGACAUUUAUGGACUUUUAGCUUUAGCUUCUUGUGCUAAUCGUGCUUUUGCCACUUGUUCUCGAGCAUUCAUAAGGCUUGAAGCACUACCCGAGAUCUCCCAUGAGAAAAAAGAAGCAUAUGAAGAUCUUGCCAUGAACAUUUUCAUGAAAUACAGCCCAAAGGAUUCCCGAAGCAAUAGAGCAGAAUGUACCAACUGCGAGACAAUGAUUCCUGACUGGAUUAGUGUUUGCCCCAGUUGCAACACCCGCUUUGCUACUUGCAUUGUAACAGGCCGACCAAUAAUGGAUGUCACUGCAGUCUGGACUUGUCAAGCUUGCAGGCACUCAGCACUUGAACAGGACAUGACCAUGCGAGCCCACUGCCCUCUGUGUCAUGUAGUCAUUGCCAAUUAAUAGUGUGUUAAAAAUAUCAAAAUUUACAUGAGAAGGAUUCAUGUGUUUUCAAGAUGAUGGCAUGUUGUGUGUAGGAAAUGGAGAAAGAGGACCAGACUGUGGAGAGCAGGGAUGUUGAAGGAAGAAGCUACACAGCAUCUUCAGUCCAGCCAGACAAUUAAUUUUCCACCAACAUAUGAUGCUGCCACCCCCACA